AUGGCCGCAGACUCGGCAUCCAGCGCUGACGCCCGAUAUGCCGAGUCGAGAGGUAGCAGCGAGAAGAAGACGACCGAUGGCAUGCUCGACGCAAAGCAUGUGGCGGCGGCCAAGGCAACCAAUGGCGACGGCGAGGCUGCCGUCUACUACACUGGAUGGCGCCUUACCGCCGUCAUGGCCACCAUCAACCUGACCACCCUCAUUGCUUCCUUGGAUCUGGGCACUGUAGCCACAGCUAUUCCGGCAAUCACGAGGGACUUCAAUGGUUUGGAAUAUAUUGGCUGGUACAGCGGCGCAUGCUUCCUCCUUGUCGGCAGUAGCAGUGCUUUAUCAGGUAAGCUGUGCAAAUACCUAUCUGCACGAUACGUGUUUAUGGCGGCACUUGGCAUCUACCUCGUGGGCAGUAUCGUGGCCGCGGCAGCGCCCAACGGCAUCGCAUUGGUCGUGGGAAGAGCUCUGCAAGGUCUUGGUUGCUCAGGAGCGAACUUCCUAGUUCUCUUCUACCUUCCAAUCUACUUUCAGGAUGUCAAGGGCACAUCGGCCAUCACCAGCGGUGGUAUGAUGGGCAAGACCCGCAUGAUCCACCCUUUCACCAUCACCAGUGGCCUCCUCACAACUCUCGGCGCGGCUCUACUGUGGUCCACGGAUGUCAACGCCUCCAACGCAUGGUACAUCGGAGCGCAGGUGCUAUUUGGUCUCGGCAUUGGGCUCGGCAACCAGGUUCCAGUCACCGUGCUGCAGGCAUCCGCUUCAGCGGAAGACGUCGUGGCAACAACUGGCAUCAUUUCCAGUGACGUUCUAAACAGCAACUGGUGCACUUUGAUUGGGAAUGCCAAAUACAUUGCCAUUAGCAGGGUCCUGAGCUCCGGAGCAGGAGAGCUACAGACCCUCUACAACGGUUCGCAGUUGGACCAGGUGCGCAAUGCGUACAUGGUCGGAAUAAAGGACGUGUUCGUCUUCUGCAUCGAUGUGUCGGCCGCCACCAUCUUUGCCGCGCUGCUAGUGCCUUUUGUAAGGAUGCCUGAGACCGAGACCCCGAAGCUGGAGGCACAGGAGAAGUCAGCGGAGACAUAG